CCUGGGCAGCCAAGAUUACCCGCGCAGCGCGCAGAAGGUGCCCAAAGGGACGUCCCGAGGCACCGGCGGGAGCGUUUCCUUCCCAGGCUGACGACUGCUUGAGGCGCGCAGUCCCGCCAAGCCCCGCGUGCGCUUGCCAGUCCUGGCUCUGUUCCAGCGUGCCUGCAGCCGCUGAGCUCAGAGCGCCGGCAAAGGUUAAGUGGUCGGGGACCUCGGGUCGGUCAGGCAGGGGGCUGACAAACUGGGCUUCCGUGCGGUGGGCGAGGAUUUUCCUCAGGCUUCGUGGCGGCAAAGGGGAUCGGAACUUUUCCAGCAACCCAGAGCGAUGGGGACGGUUAGCCCCGCCGGCUCUGCGCACCCGACGAUGAGCGAGAACGCCAGCAGCGGCCAGAGUACGGGCAGCCCUACCCAGCCGGCGGAGAGCUGGGUCGUGGGCAUGGGCAUCCUCAUGUCGCUGAUAGUGCUGGCCAUCGUCUUUGGCAACGUGCUGGUGAUCACCGCCAUCGCCAGGUUCCAGAGGCUGCAGACUGUCACUAACUAUUUCAUAACCUCCCUGGCUUGUGCUGACCUCCUCAUGGGACUGGCGGUUGUCCCUUUUGGAGCCAGUCACAUCAUGCUGAACACGUGGAAGUUUGGAAACUUCUGGUGCGAGUUCUGGACCUCCAUAGAUGUGCUGUGUGUCACGGCCAGCAUUGAAACGCUCUGCGUCAUCGCUGUGGACAGGUACUUUGCCAUUACUUCUCCUUUCAAAUAUCAAAGCCUCUUGACUAAGAAUAAAGCCCGGCUGGUCAUCCUGUUAGUCUGGGUAGUUUCUAUCCUGACAUCCUUCUUGCCUAUCCAGAUGCACUGGUACAGAGCCAAGGAGGGAAAGGCCCGCAGCUGCUACGAGGAUGCCACCUGCUGUGACUUCUUCACCAACCCAGAGUAUGCCAUCACUUCCUCCAUCAUCUCCUUCUACAUACCCUUGGUGGUCAUGAUUUUUGUCUAUGCCCGGGUUUUCCAGGUUGCCCAGAAGCAGUUAAAGAAGAUAGACAAAUGUGAAGGGCGGUUCCAUCAGCCGAGCAGUGCCCUGCAGGAGCAGAAUGGUGGAAGGGCGAGUCACAGGAGAGCAUCCAAGUUCUGUCUAAAGGAACACAAAGCUCUAAAAACUCUGGGCAUCAUCAUGGGCACCUUUACCUUGUGUUGGCUCCCUUUCUUCAUAGUCAACAUUGUCUUUGUUAUCUGUCCGGAUCACAUCUCCAAAUUUGUGUACAUCUUUUUGAACUGGGUGGGGUACGUCAACUCUGCCUUCAACCCCUUGAUCUACUGCCGCAGCCCAGACUUUAGGUAUGCUUUCCAGGAGAUACUCUGCUUCCGGAGAUCUGCUCUGAAAAUGUAUGUCAAUGGAUAUUCAAACAGCAAUGGGAAAACUGACUUCCUUGGGGAUCACAAUGGUUAUCAUAUGCCAGAAGAGAAGGCUGAUGAACUGCUGAAUGAAGGAGGCCCCCCUACUAGGGAAGAGUUUUUACACUGUAAAGGUACUGUCUUGCAUGGUAGCACUGAAUCCCAGGGGACUGAGUGUAGUACACCUGAUUCUACCUUAGCAGGGCUUUCAUUAUCCCCAUAGGACACUUAAACCGGGAAAGAAAUGUCAUGGCUUUUGCUCAAACAAAACUGAGCAAAAGUUGCAUCAGCAUGUGGGAGGUGGCCCAUGUUGGUUCAUCUGUAGGCUAUGCAAAGUAUUUCAGGAAAGAUUAUUUGGAUUUGUUGGUAUCCAUGUUAGAUGCUUUUCUUCACCCAAGAGUCAAAACACUGUAG